UUGAAGCUAAUUUACCAAAUAGCCAAUAACUUGACUAAAAUAGAAAAAUCCAACUACCUUAUUCCCCACAAUGGAAGAGAAACCCGUUCAAACCACGGAAAAUUAUUCAGGAAGUUCCAACCAAAAAAUGAUUGCUUUAAAUUUUCAUUUUUUCCGCUAGCAGUCCAGGAAUAGAACAGUUUGUUUGCUCCGACAUGCUAACACAGUCCAUCAAUGAUGCCGAAGCGCUCAUGAUAAGAAAAUACCAUGUCUCAUCCACUCCGUUUGUUUCAUAUAUUUGUUACCCUCUGUAUAACUCUGUUUUCUCUGUACUAUAUGGUUAGGCAUCUGUGUUUUGUACCACCCUACAAAAAUCCUCAAAUUAGGAUUAUUAGUACUGAUAAAUAAAUAAAUAAAUAAAAUAAUUCGUUUUGUGAAUGCUGAAUGCAAAAAUGAAUGCACCCAGCAUUCAUUUUAACAGACGACCACCAGAAGUCGUUGCUAGCUUGCCUGCCUGCAUUCGACACUUGAAACGUUCGGGAAGGGGACUGGAAAAAUGUAUUUUGGGGAAGGUUUUUGCAGCUCAUUCCUGUCGCCAGACGCAAGGGGGACCUCCAGCGUGCUACCUUGCUUUUUGUUUUUUUAUGCUGUUUGUACUUUUUGUAGCUUUGUGUGUGUGUGUGUGUUAAAGCUGACGCGUCUCUUGGCGCGCCGCUCUGUGUCGUCUGGUCCCCGCGGAAGACAAACUGUCGUCUGCUUGCGUCAAGAAAAAAAAAAAGCGAGAAACAGAAGGAACAGGCAUAAAGAAAACCCUUGCUCAGAACACAACAUGGGAAACACGUCGCUGCUUCUGUCCGCGUUGUCCGGACUUUUGGUGAUGGCCGACGCCAAGUACCGACCUGAUAGUGACUCCUGCUGGGUGAUGGGUGAUUCUCACCUCUUCAAGAAACGGCGCUUGUCACCCAGGCGAAAAACGCCGAGUCGGUAUACGUUGGACCGUGGUCGCAUUUGCAACAUAUCUGAUGAUUGAACAGAAGAGGAUCCUGCGCAUGCUCCGAACGUCUUCCACAGCCCAGUGGACAAAGAUAUGGCAGCGCGCAGAAGCCGAUGAUCGGACUAUGGAGACUCGAGGAUUCGGAGGGACCAACAGUGCUAGAUCUGACACAACUUGGGACGGAUCUUCAGAUUCCCGUGCAGAUUGUGCGUCAGCUGAACGAAGCGCAGGACCUCCACGACGUGCUGAGAAUCUGCUCUGGAGGAUCGAGCGCGUCCUGGCGAAGCAUCAGCACACACGGUUACCUCCUAUGGCAGAUCCGUUCCUACCAGGAAGAGGACCUCGCCGCGGCGCGGUUCAUGAAGAUGGCUGUCAACUCUCAUGGCACGACCUCCGCCAUGGACCACGCCAAGGCCGCUGCAUCCAAGGAAAAGUCGUCUGCGCUCGACGGCAUGAUGCAGUCCGACGCGCCAGCACGCCGAAGGAGUUCCCUGCGCCUGGACAAGCGUGCUGCGUGCAGUCCCCGGGCCGUGCCUGUGCGCGUGCCCCAGCCCAGGGACCCGGAGGCCCUGCAUUACCCGACCUGCACGGACGUGGACCGCUGCGCUGGAUGCUGCGGCCACCACCUGCUCGGAUGCAGGCCGCUGGCCGUGCGCCGCGUCACCCGGCAGGUGUUCUCCCUCCGACUGGCGUCGAACAAGUCCAACGCCAUCAACUUCGAGGGCUUCAAGAAGGUUCGCCUCGUGGAGCACGUCAGCUGCCACUGCGAGUGCAAGGUGCGUCCGCACCACUGCAGCGGCAGUCAGGUGUACCGGGAAGAGUUGUGUCGCUGCGUCUGCCCCAACACCUGGAUGGCGCCCAACUGCACCGAGCUGCAGGUGUGGGACGGGAGACGCUGCGCCUGCGUUUGCCGCCACACCGAACUACAGUGCUCCACGGGCUUUCACUUCGACCACGGCGCCUGCAUGUGA